AUGGAUUCUCAAGUAGACUCUGACGACGUCACCCCGCAUGCGCAGCCUGUCAAUGCGCUGCAUACCGUGGCCGGAGGGCGUGAGGUGCGCGGCGUGGAGUCAUUCAUGGCUUUUAUGACAAGGAUCUCCAGGAACGCAGGAUAUGAAGGGGACACUCAGGCACAGUACCAAGAAGAACGUGAACAGCUGCUUUUGGAGGAUUACAUGAAGAAGGAAGAGCAGGAAAAGCGGGCGCUCGCCCCGCCCCCAGUUGCUGCAGAUCCUUCGGAAGAUGCCGAGGCGACUACUGCGCCUUCUGAGCAGGAGCCGAAGCCAGCCCCGGCACCUAUAGCUGCACCGUUCGCCGAAGGAGCUGAAGCUACCGCUGAGCCGAAGCCAGCCCCGUCACAUAUAGCUGCACCGUUCGCGGAAGGAGCUGAAGCUACCGCUGAGCCGAAGCCAGCCCUGUCACCUAUAGCUGCACCGUUCGCGGAAGGAGCUGAAGCUACCGCUGAGCCGAAGGCAGCCCCGUCACCAGUAGCUGCACCGUUCGCCAUGAGAGCUGAGGCUACCGCUGAGCCGAAGGCAGCCCCGACACCAGUAGCUGCACCAUUCGCCAUGGGAGCUGAGGCUACCGCUGAGCCGAAGGCAGCCCCGUCACCCGUAGCUGCACUGUUCGCCAUGGGAGCUGAGGCUACCGCUGAGCCGAAGGCAGCCCCGACACCAGUAGCUGCACCGUUCGCCAUGGGAGCUGAGGCUACCGCCUCGCCGAAGGCGGCCCCGUCACCAGUAGCUGCACCGUUCGCCAUGGGAGCUGAGGCUACCGCCGAGCCGAAGGCAGCCCCGUCACCACUCGCACCUGCCCGCGAGGGUACUGUUGAAGCUACCAUGGGACCAGUUCCUAGGGAACAAGGCGGAGACCACCAGCCUGCACCCGUGGACGCGCAUGCCAAUGCUACCCAGGCCACUGCGGAUGCUGGCGACGUUGGUGUGCGCCGCACCAUGGUGGAGGAAGGGACUGCCAUAGCUGGGGUCCUCCUUUCAGCGAGGUUUAUCACGGUCAUUGAGUAUCUGUUGGGAAUCAAACAUGUUUGA